CAAUGAUCAAUUACAACAGUUUGAAUAACGAACAUUCGUGUGGAGUUGCUAAAGAAUUUCUGUCCGUUAUUCGGGCUCAAUUGACGUAUUUUUUGCCCACAGUAGCUGUAGAAUUAGAUAAAUUAUUGUAUUUUUAUCUACUACUGCUAUGCGUAAUAUUUUUUGCAUUCUACAAGUUUCGUGGAAGAGAAACGUAUCAUAAGAGUUAUUCACGUUAUGAACCAGCAGUGGAAAAUCGUCAUGAAGACCGCCCUGACAAGCCAUCUUCAAUUUCUGCUAAACCAACGUCAAACUUGAACGGUAGGAGUAGAUUCUUCUCGCUUAGUGGACAUGAUAGUCAAGUCCUAGGUGCAACAUACAACGAAAAUAGACAGGAGCCUGCCAACAAACAUGGUGAUAAUGAUGAUGAGAAUGAUGACAGAGGAGAUGAUGAACCUGAAGGUGAUGAGCGUGGUAUUAGUCAUCAGGCGUCGGAGAGGUUUCAAGAUAGUCAUCAGCAGUCUGAGAGGUUUCAAGAUAAGCUAUUAGAACGCGUUAGGUGUAUUUUGAGUGAUGCUCAAGCUAGUGAAGUGAAAUAUAAAAGCCUUAGCGCUGAAAGUAUCAUCGAUACCAAUGUACCAGAUAUUCAUCAACUAGAGGACAACAACAUACCCAAAAGAGAUGAUUAUUGUACUUCUUCACUACAUAAUCAGCUGCAGGUCAGUGAAAGCUCUUCUGCCAUGGGCACUGGUUGUAACUAUUCUUACCAAACUCUCACGAGAGCUACUGGCAACUUUGACUCGAAGCUGAGAAAAGAUGGUGGGGCUCUGAUUGCUACUGGUACGUUUGGUGAGGUUUUCUAUGCCAUCUUGGAUGAACAGAUUGUAGCAGUGAAACGAUUGAAAUCGGCACGAUCUGAUAGAAAGUCAUCAAAGCGUCUGUCAAAGAAACAGUUUACAAAUGAGCUUUCGUUAUUGACAUUCUAUCCAGCUCAUGAAAACAUAGUAACACCAUUGGGGUGGAGUACUGAUGGUCCACAGCUGUGUUUAGUAUAUCAAUACAUUGAUGGUGGAACGGUGACAGAAUUGUUAUCAAUGGAGAAAUCAUCACAAGUAUUGUGGCAAGAUCGAUUAAAGAUUUCCACUGAUGUAGCCAAAGCAUUGGAUCACAUUCACACUGCCUUCUCACCACCUAUCAUUCAUCGCGAUGUCAAGAGUAGCAACAUUUUACUACUACCAGAUCUCACUGCAGUUUUGACAGAUUUUGGAUUAUCGUGUCGUGGAGAGUUUCCCGAAGAACCAGAUGCUAGUUUCAUGGAGAGUGGUUCCACAACAGUAGGAACACGGUGUUAUAUGCCACCCGAAGCUUUCAAAGGCAUUUUCAGCACAAGAAGUGAUAGUUACUCAUUUGGCAUGGUGUUGUUUGAGAUUCUGACCGGCUUGCCACCAUACUCCAGGAGGCAUAAACAAGACCUCAUCACGUAUCUCAAAGACAGUGACAAGGGAUCUGGAUUGUCACAUAUGGCUGAUCCGAAGGCCGCUUGGCCUUCUGAGCUAGCUAGAAGGUUGUUUGACAUUGGGGUACGCUGCACGCAUUAUGAUAGGCACGAGAGACCCUCGUCUUCACAGGUUUUGCAGGAAUUGGAUUCUCUGACAGAUGAGUAUUCUAAUAGUACUAGUGGAUCUGUGUAGGUAGUGUAGUCUAGUGAUAAAUUGUAGUUUUAUGAUCUUGAACGCGUUUCAGUCAUGACUAAGUUUAUUAGUUAAUUAAUUAAUAUUUCAACAAUGUGGUACAUGUACGGCA